GCCACACUGAGGGCGGCGGCGCUGCUCACAGCGGGGCUUCAGGGCUCCAAUGACCACGUGGCGAUGCAACCGCAAGCGUACUGCUGUGCUGCUGUGCUUGACUGCUCUCCUGGUCUUCUUGGUCGCAUCGCGACGUAAUGCGCGAACCCAUGCCUCUCUCGAACGCAUGCGUUCGCUGCUGAGACCAGCUUUCGCGCCCUCUGGCCGGAUGCAGCUCACCCCGCGGGAGGCGCUCGACGCCUGCGUGCUGGCGGCGCGGCAGUACUGCAGCGAGCGGCAGCCAGACGAGCAUGCCGCCCCACGCCGGUGGCCUGGCCAGACGGCUACAUGGAGCAGGUCGCAGUCCCGGUUGCAUUGGUGCGGUCACCCAGCCACGGUCACCACAGAGAUUGCCGACAGCCUGCAGCACCUGGCUGAGGAAAACAGCGGCAAUGAGAUACGGAUCGAAGAGGGCGUCUUUCUCUCCAUGGCCAACAGCAAUUCGUCGGUCUUGUCGUGGAACAUUGUGGAGCACCCUCUGGUCAUGCUCAUCAGAAUCUACACCAAUCUGCGCCAGACGAGCGUAGGGUGGGCGCCGCUGGCUCGGCUGCUGCCGCCCGGCCCGGUCUCCCUGCGGGCCGUGGCGGAGCUGGCGCUGGACGCCGCUGCUGGUCCCACCGCCCAUCUUCUGCGCCCCGCUGUCGACGUCUGCCACUUCUGCGCCACCCACUACGACUUCGUGCUGCACGCUGGCGAGCUCGACGUCGAGCUGCCGCACCUGCUGGACGAGAUCGGGUGGAGCAGCGGGCAGUGGGACCCGCCGACCCGUGCCAGCUACGACCAGGCGCUGAGCGAAGCGGUGCGACUCGUGCCGACCUUGCCCGUCCCGCUCAUGGUGCGCCUCAAGCAGCACUAUGCUGCAGACUUGGACCUAUACGGUUUUGAGUUUGACGUGGACGCUAUCUACCGUGCUCUAGCGUAGGUGUGCGAAAGUGUUCGGCGAGAUGUUGCGUGCGUUUUGGAAGAGGCUGAGGCAAAUGUUGGGAAGGAGUGCGGCUCCUUGCGACAUGCAACGGACAUUGUAGAUGGGCGUAAUGUAUAACAUUCUUGGCAUCAGAAAUGCCAUCCAAUCAAGAACUGGCUGGUCCGCUGGAUGUUCCAAAGUUCAGGUUGAGGAACACCCGAUAAAGUUCCACUGACCUGAUUAUGAUUGCGGACAUCAAACAACACCCUGCGACAAAUACAAGUGUUGGGGCUCACGUUUUGCUCUUACCAACGCAUCGAGAUCCAUCAUCGUGAGCCGUUGGUUAUCAUGACCUUAAAGGAAAAGGAAUAGAUGACAGAAGCCCACGUUUUAUAAAAUCGCGUUGUUACUGUAUGUGAAUGUUUGGUUUCUGACUGAAAAUAAAGAUCAAGGGAAGAAGA